AUGUCAUUGGUCAGUUUAAAACACGUAAUUUCUAGGUUUCUACCAUCCCUGUCCAACCCAAAUACAACAACUACAACCGAGAAUUCCCCAUUACUAGGAGCUAACACUUCUUCUACUAUGGAUAUUAAUAGCAGUGGUACCAUCCAAGAAUAUGAUACUACCUCAGAAGAUAUGCCCAUGCUACAAAAUCACACUCAUUAUGACCAAGAUCGGGGCUUUAUAAAUUUAUUAUUCGGUAAAAUGGAUCCAAGAAUAAUGAGCGAUCUAAUUAUAGGGUUGAGUGACGGGUUAACUGUUCCAUUUGCUUUGACCGCAGGUUUAAGCUCUUUAGGUGAUUCUAAAUUAGUCAUAACAGGUGGUUUUGCUGAAUUAAUCAGUGGCACAAUAUCUAUGGGUCUAGGUGGUUAUUUAGGUGCAAAAAGUGAAGCAGAUUAUUACCAUAAUGAAGUUAAUUUAGAGAAAAGAAAAUUUUAUGAUGGUACUAGUAACGAAGUCAACCAUGAUGUAGAAGAUAUACUACUAGAAAUCAACCCUGAUUUUUCGGAAGAUACAAUUCUCAAUUUUAUAAAGGAUUUACAAAAAAACCCAGAGUUAAUGGUAGACUUUAUAAUUAAAUAUGGCAGGGGACUAGAUGAACCUGCUGAAAAUAGAGCUCUAACUAGUUGUUUAACUAUUGGUGCAGGUUAUUUUUUCGGUGGGUUUAUUCCCUUAAUUCCUUAUUUUUUUGUAAAUAAUGUUGUAAGGGGUUUGAUCUAUAGUGUGAUUGUAAUGACCUUUACUUUAUUUUGGUUUGGAUAUAUUAAGGCUCAAUUAACAAUGAGUGAUAUGUGUACAUUAAAUAGAAGAAUAUAUGAAGGUUUUCAGAUGGUUUCCGUAGGUGGUAUAGCUGCUGGUGCAGCUUGGUUUUUUGUCAAAUUAAUUGAGGAAAAGAACUAA